AUGUCUGAUCAGCUAUCCAACACCGAAACCGCAGUCCACAACGAGAAAGCCCAGCACAUGGCUUACGAGCCAGAGUAUGUGGUCUAUCCACCAAGAACAGGUCUACUGAGGGUCAGCUACUACAAGAAGUCCAGCCAAUGGAGACCAUAUCCUACUUCUUGCGCCGGUGGCCUGGCUCUGAUUGCCGUCACUCUGUUCUCUCUUGGUUUGAUUUUAUGUCAGGCCCACUCUGUGACAAACCCAGCUAUUCUGUCGGGAGCUUUCUUCUUUGCUUCCGGAUUAGUCCAGAUCAUCACUGGUAUUUGGGCUAUUGUCGAUAACAAUCUGUUUGGUUCCGUCCUACUUCUUUGCUACGGUGCGUUCUUUGCUUCCUUCGGUGCCAUCAUCACCGACGUCUUGGGCGUUCAGGACUACUAUUCUAGCACUGACGACUACAACAACGCUUUGGGAAUUUAUCUGUCUGCAUGGACAGUGUUUGACUUCAUUUUGUUCACUUCGACCUUCAAAAGCACCAUUCCAUUGGUUGCUCUGACCUUCUGCAAGUGGUUCUUCAUGUUGCUUUACACCAUUGCCACGUUUGGAGAGCACGAGGGCUGUAAGGUUGCAUCUGGCGUGUUCAGUUUCUUGGCUUCUGUCUGUGCCUUCUAUGGUGUCUACGACGGACUGGCCAGUGCUGCAAACUCGUACGCACCAGUUCCAGAAACCAAGUGGCUCAGAAUGCCAGGAUCAUGGCACGAGCCUGAAGCAGCUAAGGUUCCUCUUGUUUAA